AUGGCUUUUCACCUUCAUCCUCCAUCGGGAGCCAAGUGUCUUGGGCUGCACYCCAGGACAGCUGUGCCACAGGAAUAUUUUGGCUACAUUUCUCCCUCUCACGUCCUGUUUGAUGCACUGGGUGCCCAAGUGAMAGUGCUUUAUUUCCCUCAGGUGUUGUCACUGGUGAUCCCCACCCAGCUCCAGAGGGUGACACACCGGGCUCUGCACAGGRUUUUCCACACAAGGAGCUGUUUGUUUGUGGUCCUGCACAUAGCCCUGCAGGCUGCAGUGUUUGGGGAAUACACCUGGGAAGUGUUUGUGUACUGCUGGGAGCUGCAGUUCCACCUCCUCCUCCUCCUCCUGCCCUACCUGCUGCUGGCUGGGAACAUGGGCUGCUUCCUGCUCUGCUCCCRGGCCAAUCCUGGUGUAAUAACAAAAUCCAAUGCUGCAUCACUGGUUCAGGUUUAUGCCUAUGAYGGGGUGUUGUUUCAGAGAGGCCUCGUGUGUCCCACGUGCAGCGUGGAGAAGCCAGCCAGGUCCAAGCACUGCAGUGUCUGCAGGACGUGUGUGCACCGCUUCGACCACCACUGUGUGUGGGUCAACAACUGCAUUGGUGCCUCCAACGCCGGCGUUUUCCUGCUCUACCUGCUCUCCCUGACRGCCACAGCCGCAGCCAUCGCUGCUGUCACGGCUGCAUUCCUCAUCCAGGUGCUGCUGCUCUCCAACAUCAUGCACGGGACCUAYCUGGAUGCCCAGGGACAGGAGCACRCCGUGGAGAUUCCCUUCCUYGUUCAGCACCUUUUCUUGACUUUCCCUAGGAUUGUCUUCAUGCUGGGGUUUGUUAUCCUGCUCACGCUCGUCCUGGGUGGAUAUUGCUCCUUCAGUCUGUAUUUGGCCCUCACCAACCAAACCACCAAUGAAUGGUGCAAAUCCAGAAGAUUUGGGGGGUCCCCCCACCUCCCGUCACAGCCUCAUGACAGACCACUUGUUUACAAAAACAUUUACWCUAAAGGGAUCUGGAGAAAUUUAAAGGAAAUCUUUAAGCCUCCUACAGUGUUGGAAAGGAAGAAGAAAACAUGAAGGGAUUGUUGUUUCUCUAGGCAUUUUUAAACAUUUUCUAAGACUUUGGUUCAGCCGUGGGCGUGGCUGCCCCAGACAAAUUUCGUAACAAGAUUCCAGCAGAAUUCCCAUAUUGGUGCCUCAGCAGAGCAUCAUUUGAGAUCCCUCAGCGAGACUUGGGUCCAGUUCAGUCCUGGCCCUGAUYAGAGGGAUUUGGUCCAUCUUCCCAAAGUCAGUCUUUCUGGAAAGGGCUAACACAGAGCUCCUGCGAAUUUUGAGGAAGCAGCAUCUUUUUGUGGAAAACAGUUAACCCGUUACUGUUAACAAUGACUACAACAGGUUGUGUGUACUUAGCUGCAAAAAUGAUUUCUGGCAGGAUCUUAUCUGCACAAACCACAUCCUACUGCAAAUCUGGAACAUUAACUUCAGGAAGGAAAUGRAAGUGUCCCUGUUCGCUUCUCCUUCCAGAAAUUCGUCUGUUUGAGUACAAUAGAAGAGAAAUUGGAAAAUAAUAUAGUAAGAACUUUAAAUAAUUUUAUU